AUGUCCCAGCCCGACUCCGUAAUGCUGCGCAACCCAGUUCCCCCGCUCCCCGUGGCGGACGAGUCCCGCCUCUCCCUCUGCCUGCGCCGCGCGCUGCUCCCCCCGCUGCCCUUCUUCGUCCCCCUCGUCGCUCCGCCAACGGCGCUGGACCAGCAGCCGAAGAAGAAGGGCAACAGGGGGACGAUGAUGCCCCCUGGAGGGGGCGGGAACGUGAUGACGCGGCAGUUCAACGAAGUGAUGAUCAACCUGGGCGUGCAGCAGGUCAACCAGCAGAAGUUCGACGAGGCCAUCAACACCUUCACUCUGCUUUUAGACGAGCUGGGCAACAGUGCGCCGGCUCUCAUUGGUCGAGGCACAAAGCUUCUCGUGACCCUGCCCACCCCGCUCGUUCCUGUGCCUCAUUCCGCAGCCAUCACCAUCGCUCUCCUGUCUCCAUCCUCUCUUCCUCUUCACCCCUCUCUGUCUUCUUCCAUGCCUCCUCAGGCGUGUGAGUUGGAGCCCAAGAUGGUGGACGCGUGGCGCAGGAGGGCCCAGGGCACUUAUGAGGCGCCUCAACACUCCCUUCUUCCCCCUGUCUCCCUUCCCCUCUUACCCCUACACCAGGCAUGCGAGCUGGAGCCCAAGAUGGUGGACGCAUGGCGCAGGAGGGCCCAGGCCCGAGCAGCCAUAGGGGAAGUGGAUGGGGCCAUCGAGGACUUCACCGCGGCGCUCAGCCUGGAGAAGGGGCAGAUGGACCUGCUGAUGGAGCGAGGCAUGGUGUUCGCCAGGGCACGGCGCUUCUACGAGGCAGCCAAGGACCUGAGGGCGGUGGUGGCUGUGAUGCCCAAGGAGGAGCUCGCACACGUCGCUCUGGCGGAGUCCCUGGUGGGGCUGGGAGAGACAGAGGAGGCGAUGGAGAUAUGUGAGAGGGUUGUGGCAGGUAACCCGGGCAACAGAAGGAGCGUCCACAUCAGAUGCACUCUGUUCUCCCCCUCCACCCCGCUUUGCACCCACUCCUUGCAGGCGGAGUCCCUGGUGGGGCUGGGCGAAACGGAGGAGGCGAUGGAGAUAUACGAGAAGGUUGUGGCAACAAACCCCGGCAACAGGAUGGCGUGGGUGUACAUGGGGCAGGCAGCUAAGGAGCUGGCCAUGCCUGACAGGGCGGAGCAGGCUUACAAGAAGGCCACUCAGCUGGAGCCCAGGUUCGCCCAAGCGUACCGCGUGUGGGCGCUGCUCAAGCACGCCAUGGGCGACCACAAACAUGCACUGGAGCUGGUGCGCGUGGCAAUGCAGCUCGAGCCGGAGAACGUGGAGGGGCACUACAUCAAGGGGUCAUGCCACCACGCCCUGGGGCAGCUGCAAGACGCAGUGACGACAUACGAUGCUCUGUUGUCCAAGCCCACACGGCAGGAGGAGCAGCCCUUGCUCUUCAUGGCAUUCUAUCAGAGGGAGGUGGCGCAGUUCACAGCUUCUCGCCUCAACAAGCCGCUCCGCAACUUUGACUUUGAAGACAACUUCACGCCCGAGUUCAAGCAAGCCUGGGCGCGCCGAUCCGUGCCCACGGACCUCUUCCCAGCCUACCGGCCCCAGCCAUACCGGGCAGCGUUCGACAACCAGUUGAAACCAGAGAGGCAAAUGAGUGAGCAGGUGAAGCGGGGCAGGAAGGAGCUCGUCAAGGCGGCAGACACCAUGGGCGGCCGCACUCAGUACACUUCCCCCGGCUUCCUGCCCAACCAGAGACAGCACCGCGCAGCGGGCAUGGCAGCACUGGAGAUGAUGCAGGCAGCACAGGCCACGUGGCGCGAGCAGGUAGCAGCAGCGAGCAAGCAGCAGGGCAAGGGCGGCAGCAGCAGCAAGGGGCGCAGCAGCAGCAGGCGGAGCGACCACUAUGACGAUUAUGACGACGAUGAGGAGGAGGAUGAGGACGAGGAUGAGGAGGAGGAGGGGGGGGUGACGGUGGGCGGGUGGAGGGACCUGUACUCCAUUGCGGUGCGCUGGCGCCUGCUGUCAGAGCCCUGUGACCCCAUCGUGUGGGUCGACCAGCUCACCCAGGAGGAAUUUGAGAAGGGCUUUGGUGCUGUCACAGCAAUGGUGCAGGGGCACUCCAAGAACCUUCGCUACUAUGCCAACUACGACAGGGCCUUCGCACUGAUCAGGGACGAGAUGCUGGAGCAGGGGGCAGUGGAGAUCGGCGACCUCACACAGAAAUACGAGAUUCCCGUUGAGAUGGACGCUGAGGUGGAGGCGGCAGAGACACCAGAGGAGCUGUGGAACGUGGUGGGGCAGAACUUCCUCAUCACUGUGCCCUGCUUCUCCACCGCCCAGCCUGACUACAUGCUGAACGGGACAACCCUUGCCGUCCGAAAGCUAGGAGAUGGGGCGUUUGACUUUGCCAUCAAGAUGCCCCUCACGCCCCCCCGAUGGAAGGAGUAUGACGCUGAGCUCACUGCUGCAUGGAAGAACCUGUGUGAGGUGAUGGCAGACGCCAAGAAGAGCAAGGACGACAAGCUCGUGAAGACCGCCAUUCUGCGUGUCGUCUACUACUGGUGGGUACCCCCUAGGCUGGUAACCCCUAGGCUGUGUAACUUCUCACCGCUCAGUCGGGGCUCUGCCAUAGCUGGCUAUUCCACCCUGCUCGCCCUCUCAGACGCCUCAACACCUCCCAUCACUCACCCUUCCCACGUCUUACAUACCAUAUGGCCCACCAUCAGGUACAACUUCUCUCCCCUGUCUCGGGGCUCAGCCAUGGCCGGCCAUUCCAGCCUGCUCGGUCUCUUCCUCGCUGCCGGCAAGGAGAUCACCGCCAAGCCGCCUCCUGACGUUCAGGUGGACUGGGAGGCCAUCUUGUCGCCCACACUGGAGGAGUUUAUAACGAGGAUAUCCAAGUGGCUCUUUGUGGGUGCCACAGAUGGCUCGGAUUUCCACGAUCUUUUGAAUGUGCACGAGGCGUUCCCCACCGUUGGAUCGGCCAUCCGCAUGCUAUCCAAAUACUAG